UUGAAAUUUAAAUUGCAGGGAAUCAGCUAUGCCAAGCUAGCAAACUUACCACCUAUAGUUGGUCUUUAUUCAAGUUUUGUGCCACCACUUAUCUACUCAGUUCUUGGGAGUUCAAAACAUCUUGCAGUUGGUCCUGUCUCAAUUGCAUCACUUGUAAUGGGCUCCAUGUUAAGUGAGAGUGUUUCUCCAACACAAGACCCAGUUCUAUAUCUCAAAUUGGCAUUCACUUCAACUUUCUUUGCUGGUCUCUUCCAAGCCUCCCUCGGCCUUCUUAGGCUGGGAUUUUUGAUUGACUUUUUGUCAAAGCCAACUUUGGUUGGUUUCACUGCUGGUGCUGCUGUGAUUGUGUCACUUCAACAGCUUAAGGGCCUUCUUGGAAUUGUUCAUUUCACUGGCAAAAUGCAAUUUAUUCCUGUCAUGUCCUCUGUUUUCAACCAUAUAUCCGAAGUAAGUCAAUCAUUCCUUUCCUCUUUAUUUAUUUAUUUUUUGAUAAAAAAAAUCCUUAUCUAAUAGUGUUACUUACUACAAUUUCAGUGGUCAUGGGAAACUAUUGUGAUGGGGGUUGGCUUCUUGAUCAUUCUCCUAACCACAAGACACAUUAGCAUGAGGAAGCCAAAACUUUUCUGGAUAUCAGCUGCAUCACCUUUGGCAUCAGUUGUUAUCUCAACUCUUCUUGUUUUCCUCAUCAGGAACAAGACUCAUGCCAUCUCUUUUAUUGGACAUCUACCAAAGGGUUUGAAUCCACCUUCAUCAAACAUGUUGUACUUCAGUGGUACUCAUCUUGCUCUUGCCAUCAAGACCGGUAUCAUCACAGGGGUUCUCUCUCUUACAGAAGGGAUUGCUGUUGGGAGAACCUUUGCAUCUCUAAAGAACUAUCAAGUUAAUGGGAACAAAGAAAUGAUGGCUAUAGGUUUCAUGAACAUGGUUGGCUCUUGCACCUCUUGCUAUGUUACAACAGGUUCUUUCUCUAGAUCUGCUGUAAACUACAAUGCUGGAGCAAAAACAGCUGCUUCCAACAUUGUGUUGGCCUCGACAGUUCUUGUGACCCUCUUGUUUCUGAUGCCACUCUUCUACUACACUCCUAACUUGAUCCUAGCCGCCAUCAUCUUAACCGCAGUGAUAGGCCUCAUUGAUUAUCAAGCGGCUUACAAGCUCUACAAAGUUGACAAAUUCGAUUUCUUCACUUGCAUGUGUGCCUUCUUUGGUGUUCUCUUAGUCUCUGUGCCUCUUGGCCUAGCAAUAGCAGUGGUUGUUUCGGUUAUCAAGAUCUUGUUGCAUGUAACCAGGCCAAACACUUUAGAGUUUGGAAAUAUCCAAGGGACUCAGAUAUACCAGAGUCUUAAAAGAUACAGAGAAGCCUCAAGAAUCCAUGGUUUCUUGAUUCUUGCUGUUGAAUCUCCAAUAUACUUUGUCAAUAGCACUUACCUGCAAGAAAGGAUCUUGAGAUGGACAAGGGAAGAGGAAAGUCGGAUAAAGGAAAACAAUGGUAGUACCUUAAAAUGCAUAGUUCUUGACAUGACAGCUGUAUCUUCCAUAGACACAAGCGGGAUUGAGGCAUUGUUUGAACUUAGGAGGAGGCUAGAGAAGCAAUCACUUCAGCUUGUGCUGGUGAACCCUGUGGGAAGUGUGAUGGAAAAGCUACACAAGUCCAAGAUCAUUGAGUCAUUGGGGCUGAGUGGACUUUAUCUAACAGUUGGUGAAGCUGUUGCUGAUCUCUCAUCUACAUGGAAAGCUCAUGGCCAGCCAUGAAUUUGAGAGACUUUGAACUUCUACUAGAGAACUUGUAAAGGAUGGUUGUUUCUGAAGACUAAAGCUGCAGCCUCUUGAGAAACAAUUUUUGGUGCUUGCCCUUAACUCCUUGAGGGUGUUUUGGUUUUAAUUGUAUAAUAAUAAAUGUAAUUUCAAUCUUUAACAUAUAGUUUAUGAAAUCAUAAUUUUAGACA